UUGAUGAUGUCAUAAUAUAUUCAAGGACAUUUGACGAACAUAUUGAUCAUUCGAAAGAAAUCUUACAAUUAUUAAAUGAAUCAAGGUUUAGACUAAAUCCCGAAAAAUGCGAAUUCAAAUUCAAAUAAAUCCGCAAAUGGUGAAUCGAAAUUGUCAUACCACACGCCGGCCGCUUUCGUCAAUUUACCUCGUAUUAUUUCUAAUUUCUGUCGAUCAUUUAAACUCUCAUCUGUUUUGAAGAUGUUUUUAAUUGAUUUCAGAAAUUUUUCAGCAUCCUCUGAUGCUAGACUCGAAAAAUUAUCCAACUCAUUAUAUCUAUUCUUCCGUACGAUACUUAAAAGAGAAUUUGUAUCGGAGGUCAUUUUGAUUUCUUCUACCGGUACUAAUGUGGGAAAUGAUGUGAACCAGUUGACAGCUGGAGAUGGACUAGACAUUGGAGAAUUAUUUAUGGACGGGGAUGGAAUUGGUGAUGAUGAGUUGCGGUGCGUCGUUGGUGAAGAAGUGGAUGGAUAUAUGUUGAUAAAAUUAUCAUACGACGAAUUACGAGUGUUGCUUCCAAAAUUAAAAGUUCGAAUGAGAUUUACUGAAGAACGCGAUAAAUUAAUUAAUAAUUUGGGUGGCGAUGGACGUGAAGAACAAGAUAAAGAAGAACGUUCAGAUUCAUUUCAUAAUCAAUCAGUUGAUACGUAUAAUACACAACAAACAACAACGGGAUAUAAUGGUCUGUUCGAUGAUAUAUCGAUACCUAUUAACAAUACACUUCUGUUAUAG